CAGUAUUAAAAUGGAAACAAUAUGCAACCCCACGGUUUAUCAAUCUUCAUAUGAAGAAGGCAGACCAAGUUUGAAAUCAUUUGCCCUAGCCAAGCGCAAGCAGAAAGUCUGCAAGCGUUUUAGAGCUAAGCAAAUCUGUUGAGGAGCAGAAGAAGCUAUGGAUAAUGGCAUCUCAAAUUCCUUGUUAAGCACUGUUCUUCCAAACUCUAUCAAAGAAAAAGUUGAUUUACCAAAGCACAGGCUGAUAUCAGGCUCAGCAAUUUCUCAAGAUGGGAGAUACUACAUUGUAGGAGGAAAGGAACAUCUCUCCGUCUUUGACAGUAUCUCAGGGGAGUAUAAACUAAAAAAGACUGCUAAACUAAAGAAUAUUGCUCACCAUUUGACUUCUCUCGACUACAACGAUUACUCUCAGAAGAUACUUGUAACCACGUUGAAUGAAAAAGUUCAAGUUCACAACCUUAAUCUUGAAGAAGAGGAUGUAUCCAUAAUGAAAUUGAGAGACAACCCUGCUGGACACUUCCUUCUCGAGUAUGAUGAAAACAGGUGAGCUGUGUUUGACACAAAAUUCUCUGAAAAAGACGGAUCCAAAUGAAUUGUUCUCCUCAACAAUGGAUUUUCUAUCUGAGAUCUUGAAGAGAAUAAAAUUAUUGCCAAUGUAGAAAAUAGCCACUGGGAAGAAGUCAACUCACUUAUGGUAAAGCCAUCAAGUCUUGCAGAGAAUAUAAUCAUCACAGGUGGUGAUGAUUCAUUGGUUAAUCUCUAUGAUAAGAGGUUAAUUGGUUCAAAAGAAGGAAAUAAAGCUUGCGGAAAAUUCUUUGGUCACAAUGCCGGAAUCACUAGUGUGGAUAUUACUGAUAGUGGAAAUUAUAUCGCCUCGAAUGGCAAAGACCAAUGCAUCAAACUUUGGGACAUAAGGAAAGCCCUUUCUCCAGAUGUCUAUACGAAGACAAAGAGAAGAUAUAUUGACUUUGACUACAGAAAUACUAGCUUUAAUAAGUCUAAGAGGUUUAUUCAUGAGGCUGAUAACUCUGUCUAUACAUUUACAGGUCAUACGACUCAUUACACUCUUAUUAAAUGAAGUUUUUCUCCUCCUAGUUGGACGAAUGAGAGGUUUCUUGCUUCUGGUUCUUUCUGUGGAUGUACCCUCAUUUACGAUACAUACACAGGUGAAAAACUAGGAGACCUGGCUCCUUCUUCUAAGUCAAUUGCAAAGAUUCCAACUUGGCAUCCCAGAGAGCGAAAAUUGAUAUCAUCUUCAGAAAAUAAAUUCUUCAUCUACGAGCAUGACCCAGAGAAGACAACUUUGAAGAGUUGAGUUGGAAAGGUGGAUCUGCACUCAAAGAUCUUGAAGAAGUUCAAAAAGCUCCAGAAAGAAGAGGAGAAAGACGCUGAUUCCGAACCCUUCAAACACUAAUUUCUUUUCAAAUACUAUAUC